UGUUUAUUCUCUUUACAGUGUAAGAAAGGCAGGCAACAGAGAAACAGGCCUGAAUGAUGAGCUCAAGAGGGAUUUUUACAGAUGGGAUGCGGUCCCUGCAGGAGAUGCCAACCCUGUGACUUUCUUUUCUAAUGAUCCUCUCUGAUCUUUGACGUUCCCUGCUUUCCCAGUACGCUUUCCCACCUGAGGAGUGUGUUUCCAGAGUUUCUCUCCUCUCGCAGACGGACAGAGUAAACUAAAGAUGUCAGAGCUGAGCUCCAAAAAACAAGGAUUUAAAAAAUGCCGGAGUGCCACUUUCAGCAUCGAUGGCUACAGCUUCAUCAUUGUGGCAAAUGAAGCGGGAGAGAGCAGCUCAAGACCUCUGGCACGCUUCGCACGUUCCAAGUCACAGAAUGCUUUGUGGAACGCCAUCACAGCAGGCAUCGGGAUCAAGGACAAGGACAAGCGGGGUAUCCUGAUUGACCCGCGGAGUCCAGAGGAGAUUCUAGCUGAUGACCUGCCCUCUGUCGACAGUCCCGAUGCCAUGGAGAAGACCGCCAUAAGGCUGAGAUGUUUGGUGAAACAGUUGGAGAGAGGUGAGGCUUCUGUUGUGGACCUGAAGAAAAACCUAGAAUAUGCUGCAUCCGUUUUGGAGUCUGUCUAUAUUGAAGAGACAAGGCGGUUGGUGGAUACAGAAGAUGAGCUCAGUGACAUCCAGUCCGACUCGGUUCCCUCAGAAGUGCGUGAUUGGUUGGCAUCAACUUUCACACGUCAGAUGGGGCUGAUGUUGAGACGGUCGGAGGAGAAGCCGCGAUUUCGCAGCAUUGUGCACGCGGUGCAAGCUGGGAUAUUUGUAGAAAGGAUGUACCGACGGACCUCCAACAUGGUCGGGUUGAGCUAUCCGCCCAGUGUGAUCACGGCCUUGAAGCAUGUGGACACGUGGUCGUUUGACGUCUUCACGCUGAAUGAUGCCAGUUCAGAACAUUCACUGAAAUUUAUUUUUUAUGAACUUCUGACCAGAUAUGAUUUAAUCAAUCGCUUUAAGAUCCCUGUUUCUGCUCUGGUGUCUUUUGUGGAGGCCUUGGAGGUGGGCUACAGCAAAUACAGAAACCCAUACCAUAACCUAAUCCACGCCGCCGACGUCACCCAGACAGUGCAUUACCUUCUGCUCAAGACCGGCAUGGUUAAUUGGUUAACCGAGUUAGAGAUCUUCGCUAUGCUGUUUGCCGCGGCUGUGCACGAUUACGAACACACUGGCACUACCAACAACUUCCACAUACAGACCCGAUCCGACACAGCCAUACUGUACAAUGACCGCGCCGUACAGGAAAACCACCACGUGAGCGCUGCAUAUCGCCUCCUGCAGGAAGACGAUGAAAUGAACAUCCUCUACAAUUUGUCGAAAGAUGACUGGAGAGAAUUGAGGGCCCUGGUGGUCGAGAUGGUCCUGGCCACCGACAUGUCCUGUCACUUCCAGCAGAUUAAAGCCAUGAAGAACUUACUCCAGCAGCCGGAAGCGAUUGAUAAACCCAAGGCCUUAUCCCUGUUACUGCACACCGCUGACAUCAGCCACCCUGCCAAAAACUGGAACAUGCACCACCGCUGGACCACCUCACUGCUGGAGGAGUUCUUCAGACAGGGCGAUAAGGAGGCAGAGCUUGGACUUCCUUUCUCUCCUUUAUGUGACCGCAAGUCUACCAUGGUGGCCCAGUCUCAGAUCGGUUUCAUUGAUUUCAUUGUGGACCCCACCUUCACUGUGCUGACAGACAUGAUUGAUAAAAUAGUGACUCCGCUGAUCGAAGAGGCCUCACCCUCUUCUGGCCUGGCUGGAUUCAGGCGCUCCAGUCUGAAUAACAUCCCGUCAGAUGGGAAACGGUCUAGUGUGAGAAGCACCGGUUCGGAGGGCGGCACUUCCCAUAACUGCUCCAUAAACGCUGUCGAAUUUAAGACCUUCAAAGUCACCUGGAACGAGGAACUGCAUAAAAACCGGGAAAAAUGGAAAGCACAAGCCGCCAAAGUUUGGGAUCUAGAAGAAAAGGCUAAACAGGAAGAGAUCGAGGAGAAAGAAAAGAAAACGGACACAGACACACACAGCAGUGACAGCAAAGAUGUUGAUACUAAAACAGAAGACAAAAUCAACACGGACUCAAGUGUGAAUUCUCAAGACAAACUGAAGGAAGACACAAGAGAAGAGAAGGAUGCAAAGACAGAUCAAGAAGACUCAAGCAAAGCCACAGUUGACAACAAGGAGCCCAGAGAGGAAGAGGGCAAUAAAGACCCCGGGGGGGUGAAUGGGGCUCAAACACCAGCGUCUGAUGCCAAAGAGCCCGAGACCAGCAGUGACACGGACAACAGUCUGCGAGCACUCAACGGAAACGAGGAACUGAACUCACCUGAGUCUGACAGUGACGACAGUGAAAGCAAGAGAUCAGACGACUCUGAAGACGAGCACAGUAACUGUGGGAUCUCCUCGUCUUCACUGGCAGCAUCUGCGCCCGAUGCAAACUAGCAGCUCCGUUUCUGCAGGACUCCAAACCCUGUGCGAUGCUGUCACCUGGUGGUUCUUUUUUCUUUUUUUUUUCUUAAAAUCACAUCUGUCUGUCUCUGGUGGACAAUCUUCGCAUUCGUUUUUUCAUACUCGUUUUGAUUCGCAUCCGACCUUAAGGAUGUUUGCCAGCUUUUGGUUCAGAGAUGCACAAGGCCAUCAGAGAAACGCAGAGAAACUCUUGUCACACAUGAAGAUGACUGUGGAAAGCAUCCAGAUGUUCUUCCGACGGGGACGGCGCAACAUCUGCCAAACCUGCACAGACCGCGAACGGAGGGAGAACUUAUCGCCUUCAACGGGCCGUCAAAUAAUGUCUGGUGUUCGUUUACCUCUUAUUUUUAUCAUUGUUUGUGUUAGUUGUGGAUUUGAUGUUCCUGUUGAUGUUGACACUGUACAGUUUCCAUCACGUGAGUACAUUAUGCUUUUCAGGAGAUUCUUGUGAAUGGGUUUAGUUUAACGAACAAUGAUCAACUCAUUGAGACUGAUUAUCCACACAAAUGAUCAGUUCUGUCACAAUACGACUGAAUAUUCAAAUUAUGCUGUCGUAUGUGAUUCGCACAACAUGCAUCUAUAUCAGCUGGAUAUUGUGAAAUUACAUGGGAAAAAAAUCGAAUUUUUAAUAUUUAGUACAUUAUCAUUUUUAAAUAGAUAUUUUUUGCAUUAAAUUGAACAAAUACUAUUGAAUUUUGCAUUCAAAUAGCUGCCCUUUAAAAACAAAUCUGAUUUUCUUAUAUGAGGCAGUUGUAGUAGGCCAAUUUUGUUUUCCAGCCCUCUGCAAACAUUGACCUUAAAAAUGCAGUACAUGUACUUAUUUUGGUUGGACAUUAGGUUGUAUUUUGAAUUCUCUUCUAUUUUUGUAUUUGAUGUAUAUAAAAUAUUAUAUUAUUUAUGAAGUGUUUAUAGGGAAAUUUGGUAUGAACAAUAUAGAUGAAUUGUACUAUUCAUGCUUACUCCAAUCUCUGAGAAUUGACAGAGAUAAAAGGGGAAUUUUUUUUUUUUUAAUCUGGUAAAUGAAGAAAUAGAAUAAAGUAUGAGCACAAGCAUCUUGAUGUGUUAGAUGCUGCAUGCGGAUAUUAGUCUUUAGUUCACUGUCCUAGCGAGGUAUUUAUGUCUUUGUCUGUGCCGGCCAUCUUCUCAGAGUGCGUGUCACACACAGUAUAAUGCACCUGUUCAUGUGAAUCUUUCUGUAUGUUAGUUUCAUACAUAAAUGGUCAAAUGUAGAAAACUAAAAUGAUGUAAAACAGAAAAAAAAAAGUGAAAUCCUGUGUAAAUGUCUCUGUUGCCUCAACCAAAGAUGAUUAUAAUGUCUGUACGUCAUUUAACUGGAGGUCACUGCAAGCCAUCAUUCAAUGCAUACUUAAAUUGAGUCGUUGAUUAGAAAGAAAGAUAAAAAAGAAAGAAGCGUUAUUGCCUUAAAUCUGUUGUAAAUUCCUGAUCCGUGUGAGUUAUCUCUGUUGUCAUUUGUGUCGUGUUCAUCUUCCUGUUUAGUUGUCCUUGGUUCUGGGUUAUGAAUCAUAUCUUGACCUUUUUUUUUAUUGUCAAUGUUUUCUUUUCUUUCUUUUUUUUCAGAUCUGAGAGAUUUGUUUUUUUUACUGGAAAAGCUCAAGUUGAGUUUGCAUGUUGCUCUUAACUUUGCAAAGCUAAUUUGAUUGGUUGAUACAGUGCCAUUAUAAAAUAUUAUGAAUAUUAUAUAUGAUAUUAUUUUGUUCUGUAAUUGUUUUUUUUGUUGUUGUUGUUGUUGUUUUGGUUAAUAAUGGGGUUGGUUAAUGCCCCCCUCCUUCUAUUUAAUUUUACACACACUCUUAAAAACAAAAAAGUUCUUUGUUGCCAUUGAUGGUUCCAUGAAGAACCUUUAACAUUCAUGGAACAUAUACAUUUUAAAAUGUUCUUCAUUCUAAGAAUUAAAUGUUUGGUUACACUUUGGACAUUCUACUAUCUAUAAGUAACUUUGCAACUACGUGUUAACUCUUAGAAAAUUAAUAGACUGUUAGGUUAGGGCUCAGGUUAAUAGAAUACGUUAACAUAUACUUGCAAAGUUACUUAGUAGAAUGUCUGCUCAUCAAAAUCAAAUGUUAGCAGAUAUUAAGCAAACUAGUAGUUGACUGCUAGUUGACAUGUAGUUGCAAAGUCACUUAUCGACUGCUAAAGUGGACUUUUGAAAUAAUAAAUUGAUCCUUUAAGAACUGCUCACUGACAGAAACCAAAAAUGGUUCUAUGGUAAACCCCUCUUUUGAAACCUUUAUUAUUUAGAGUUGGUGACAUGUUAAUCAAGCAGUGCGAGUUAUGAUAAGACGGUAACAGAAUGAUAAUGAUACAUAUCAUAUCAGUCCCUUUUAACCUUGUUUAGGCUCAUAAUGUGAGAUUGUAUAGGUGAACUGCUGUACAUUUAUAGAAUAUUGAAGUUGAUGAGUAAAUAUGGCACAAUGAGAUUCUGCCUUAACGAGUGUUUACGUCGGCUUUGUAGUAACUGUCACGUGUUCAGCUUAGUAGCCUACAUGUGUUUGUCAGGAAACCUCUGUUAGUGUCAAAACUAAGCUAUUUUUAUUUAUUUUUUGGUUUAAAAUCCCCACGUACAGUUUAACUUCACCGUCACUCAAACACAGUACAUUUUCAUAAAAGAAUAUUCUGAUCAGCAGCUCAUUAAUCAUAUGGUGCUGUGCAGCCAUCUGUUGGCCAUCUAGUGUACUGCAUCACUGCAGUCAAACACGCUCUUAGACAUUUUUAUAUAGUACACACACAUUGUUUCGUUUACCUUUUUAUUACUUCCCAGAGUGUAAUUUGUCAUGAUAUUGUUUUUAUCUUAAUUUUGUUUUUUCUACAUUAAUGUCUGUUGAUGCAUUCAUUACUUUUUAUUUCAAAAUGAAAAAUAUCAAAUCAUUUGGCAAGUGUGGUCAUGUGAUCAUGCUUGUUUCAAUGCUCCUUAAUUGCACUUUUGUGACAAUAAAUCUUUACUCAAAGGGCUCA